CCCCUUAGCCUAUAAAACCGACCCCCCUAACCCUUUCUCCUCCGUAUUCACUCCUCCCGCUUCCGAUCCCUCCGACUCGAUCUGUUCCCGAGUCCGAUUCGAGCGAGAUGUCGAGCCCGUCGUGCUCGGCGUCGGACCUGGCCCCGCUCCUCGGCGGCGCCGGCAACUCCUCCGCCGCCGCGGCGGCGCAGUACAUCUGCUCGCAGUUCGAUACGAUGGCGCUCCAACUCACCGACGCCGCCUCCGCCAUCGACACCACCUACCUCCUCUUCUCCGCCUACCUCGUCUUCUCGAUGCAGCUCGGCUUCGCCAUGCUCUGCGCUGGAUCCGUCCGGGCUAAGAACACCAUGAACAUCAUGCUCACCAACGUCCUCGACGCCGCCGCCGGCGCCCUCUUCUACUACCUCUUCGGCUUCGCCUUCGCCUUCGGGGCCCCGUCCAACGGUUUCAUCGGCCGCCACUUCUUCGGCCUCAAGCGCAUCCCCCAGCCGGGCUUCGACUACUCCUACUUCCUCUACCAGUGGGCCUUCGCCAUCGCCGCCGCCGGGAUCACCUCCGGCUCCAUCGCGGAGCGUACCCAGUUCGUCGCCUACCUCAUCUACUCCUCCUUCCUCACCGGCUUCGUCUACCCGGUCGUCUCCCACUGGUUCUGGUCCACCGACGGCUGGGCCUCCGCCUCCCGCCCAGUCGGCAAUUCGCUCCUCUUCCGCUCCGGCGUCAUCGACUUCGCCGGAUCUGGCGUCGUGCACCUCGUCGGCGGCGUUGCCGGCCUCUGGGGUGCCUUCAUCGAGGGCCCCCGCAUCGGGCGCUUUGACCACGCCAGCCGAUCCGUGGCCCUCCGCGGCCACUCCGCCACCCUCGUCGUCCUCGGCACCUUCCUCCUGUGGUUCGGCUGGUACGGCUUCAACCCGGGUUCCUUCAUCACCAUCGACAAGUCCUACGGCCCGAUCGGGUCCAUCCACGGGCAGUGGUCCGCCGUCGGCCGAACCGCCGUCACAACCACCCUGGCGGGCUGCACGGCGGCGCUCACCACCCUCUUCGGGAAGCGCCUCCAGACGGGGCACUGGAACGUGAUCGACGUCUGCAACGGCCUCCUCGGCGGGUUCGCCGCGAUCACCGCCGGGUGCUCCGUGGUGGAGCCCUGGGCGGCGGUGAUCUGCGGCUUCGUGGCGGCGUGGGUGCUGAUCGGCCUGAACAAGCUGGCGGCGAAGGUGAAGUUCGACGACCCCCUGGAGGCGACGCAGCUCCACGGCGGUUGCGGUGCGUGGGGGAUCAUCUUCACGGGGCUGUUCGCACGUGAGAAGUACGUGAACGAGGUGUACCCGGGGCGCCCGGGGAGGCCGUACGGGCUCUUCAUGGGCGGAGGGGGGAGGCUCCUGGCGGCGCAAAUCGUCCAGAUCCUGGUGAUCGCCGGCUGGGUCAGCUGCACGAUGGGCCCGCUCUUCUACGCGCUGCACCGCAUGGGCCUGCUCCGGAUCUCGCCGGAGGACGAGAUGGCCGGGAUGGAUCUCACGCGCCACGGGGGCUUCGCCUACAUCUACCACGACGACGACGACUCCGGCACCGGCCAUGAUGCCGCCGGGGGCUUCAUGCUCAAGUCCUCCAACGUACGGGUCGAGCCCAAUGCCACCAAUCCGGUCUAGCCAUGUCGUAAUCCAUUUCCAGUUUUCUCUUUUUCUUUUCUUUUCUUGCUUGAUAUAUUACAGUAGACUCUCACUCUCUUUGGAAGGCACCCCCUCGCCCCCCAAAAAAAAUAUAAAAAAAAAUUGUAAUAAAUACAGGGGCAUGGAGCUUGUUUGGUCAACGUGAUGGGUGGGUUGGUGGCAAUUGGGUAAUGGUGCUUUUCAUUUUAUUUUCUUCUCAUGUAGUGGGCUAUAAUUAUUAGAAUUAUCUGCGUGUUUGCAUAGAAAAAAAAUGGUAUGGAGGGGAUGACAAGUGGAUCGUGAUAAAUUGAUCAUGGUGAUGAUGAAUGAUGAUCUUGUCUUUUGUCUUUCCGGUUGCUUUCA